GCGCUGAGGGGCGAGGGUUGGGGUCGAUGGCGGCCGCCGGGUCCGGCGCGAGGAAGCCGGGGUCCCCGCGGGACUCGGAGGCGGAGGUCUGGUCCCGCCGCGUCAGGGAGCUGGUGGGCGCCGAGCCCGCCAACCGGCUCUGCUUCGAGUGCGGCCAGCGCGGCGUCACCUACGUCGACAUCACCCUCGGCAGCUUCGUCUGCACCGGCUGCUCGGGGGCGCUCCGUGGCUUGAACCCCCCUCACCGAGUGAAAUCCAUCUCCAUGACAACCUUCACAGAGAGCGAGGUGCAGUUCCUCCGGUCCCGGGGGAACCAGGCCUGUCGGAAGAUCUGGCUGGGCUCUUUUGACUCGCGGACAUCUCUGCUCCCGGAUUCCCAGGACCCUCAGAAGCUGAAGGAGUUUCUGCAGGAGAAAUACGAGAAGAAGCGAUGGUACGUCACGCCGGAGCCGGGCAAAAGCUUGUCUUCUCUCGCUGCCCAGAGCUCCACCUCAGAGGCCAAGACGCUCCUGGGGGACUCGGGGCCAGUGGCUGCAGCCAUCAAGCCUGCCCAGUCUGCAGACAGGCCGCACCCACAAGGCCUUCAGCCAGCCAAGAAAGCCAGCAUGGACCUUCUCGCCGACAUUGGGGGGGACCCCUUUGCAGCCCCUCAUUCUGGCCCGGCCUUUCCCGCCUUCCCUGCCUUCGGGGGCCAGGUGCCAGCCCGUGCCACCUUCGCCCCUUUUGAUGCCUUUGGCGGAAGCCCUGCAGCCUUUGGAGACCCACUGACCUCUAGCCAGAGUCCUUUCCAGGGCCACCACAUGGCAGCCGGUGGCACCCACAUGGGUGGAUUCCCUGUGUCGCCUGCCAGCCAGCCAGGAGUGAGCAUUCCAGAAAUGGGCGGGACUUUCAGAGUGGGAGGAGUCCCAAGCAGCAGUGCCUUCGGCGCCCUGAGCCAGUCUCCUCUCCUGCCUCCACCCAGCCCGGCUGCUGCCUACGGCGCCUGCACCAACCCCUUCGCGACAUCCGCCAUCUCCCAGCCCACGCUGCCUUCGACUAACCCUUUCCAAACCAACGGCUUGGCCCCAGGCGCCUUCAUGGUGGGCUCCCCCAGCAGCUUCUCCGCCUCCCCCCUUUCCGGCAUCUUUGCGUCUCCCUUGCAGCAGCAGCAGCAGCACUUCCACCCACAGGCGUUGGUGGGGGAGCAGCAGAGUGGGGGGUCCCCCUUCGGUGGAUUUCCUAUAGCCAAAGCUGGACAGAGGCCCCUCGGACAGCCAGCGAGCAUUUCAACCAACCCGUUUGUGACCCCGAUGACCACAGCACCACCCAUCCCCUUUGUUCUGGGGAAACACCCUCCCACCAACCCUUUCUUAUAGCGCUGGCAGCCACCGAUGCUGGAAGACUGCCCCACACUGUCCCUGCCUCUGUACAUAGGAGCGCGUCCUGCCAGGCGGCCUUUGCCUCUUUCUGUCUGUUGCUGUCUCUGCCUGGCCAGCGGGCGGGUGAGGAGCUGCUGUAUCUACUGGCUGUUCUAGAGAGGGCCUGGCUCAGAACAGCGCAUGAUGGGUCUUGCUGGGAAUCCGGCAGUAAUGCAUGCUGGGAGAAAGGUGGCAGGCAGGGAAGUGACGGGCUCAGACAAGCACUUUAAGGGGGAGGGGGAGAACUCUGCAGUUUAUGCUGGGGCCGGGUGUCAAGGUGAGGCCAUUGCUGUGUAGCAGUGCAUGCUGGGAAAAGGGAACUCUCUCGAGGCUGCUGCAGUCUCAGACCUCCCUGUUCGCCGCCCCCUUUCCCCUCUCCCAGCAGCCCUUGCUCUCGGCACUGCUGCGUUGCCAAGGGCCAAAGUUCAUUUUUCCGCUCGGCCUCUUGCAGGACGCUUCUCUGCUUCCCAGCUGUCCUGCCCCAGUGAACGCCACCGUGUGGGUCCUUAGGGAGAGGCGUCCAGGCUCUGCCUAUGGAGCAAGAAUAAGCCUCAGACUCUACAGGGCUGGGGAGGGGGCUCUACCUUUACCCAUCCUCCCCCUCCUCUCGUUUCUUUCACCAGUUGCACUAACUGAAAAGGGACUGGAGCAGCUGGUUUGCCACAGGAGUCUUUGCAGCACCCCUGCAUGCCAAAGGGAAGGAAUAAUAAUAAUAUUCGGAGCGGGGCCUGAGCUCUGCAUGGCUACUCUUGCAGGGCUCGGUGGUCCCUGUGGCUGCCCCGGGAAACCCCUGUCUUGUGUUCUCCAGCUCCUUGGCCCGUGGGGAAGGGGUUGGCUGGCCGGCGUUGCGACUGGAGUGCCCUGCCCAGCUCCCGCCUCUGGGCAGAAUUUGUAAGUGCGCGGAGCAUGAGAUUGCAGUGACCUCUGCCUCCUGCCCACCUCGUUGCUCUUUCUUUUCCCCUCGGCCAUGGCUAGUACUUGGCUGUUGCCUCCUGCCAUAGUCCACGCCUCCCAUCUCACCAGAGGACCCCCACCCCACCCCCCGGGGGGCCCUCCUCCGCACGAACGGUUGUCAGGAGCUGAGGUGGUGACGCUUCGCAGCCGAGCUUGUCCUGUGAUUUCACAAAAUCUGUGAUUCCUCUUCGGGUAACCAUUUUACUUGAUCGGAAGCAGGUGCAGACGUCCUGAUUAAAUGUUGGGGGCUUGGAGCACUUAAUUGGGGCUCUCCUAAGGAAAUGGGGCGGGGGCUGCUUUAGUUUGCUGCGUUCUUCCUUCCGUCCCCAUGCCUUCCCUUUGUUUCCCUGGUUUGACUCUGGGACUUGGGACUCUUGUCUAAGGUAAUGGCCCCUUCCUUUCCUGUGACCUGGGGCUUCUUUUUGUAAUCUCUGGUCUCCAUCCCCCACCCGGAAGUAAAAGGGGGGGUGGGGUGUUCCCUGAACCAAGACUGGAAUUUAUAUUUUCAAAGAGAAAAGUGUGGACUACGUUUUUAAAGAUAUAUAUGUAUAUCUAUAUACACACAAAUUAUAUAUAUAUAUGAAACAUACACAGGCACAUAAGUUUGUUGCACUGGAAAUGUUUGGAAAGAUCUAUAUGAAAAGCUGUCUUUAAGAUC